GGAGUGCUAAAUAUAUAUACUGUAUUUCUUAUUAUCUUUUACAACGUCAUCCUGCAACUUACUUACGUCAGAAAGAUCUAUAGAUAUAUAAACGUUUGUAGCGGUAGGCAUUGGCAGUUGCGUAUUAACUUCCAGACUUACUGAAUCGCAAAUACGCGAAGCAAGGUCCGCCAAUCCUUCGUUCACUCUCGAAUCGGCUCUGCCAAGGUUCUCAAACAACAUUCGCCAUGGAAUAUUGGACGAUACUACUAUCCAUUGUGAUAGGUAUUCUCAGUUUGCAUUACCUUUACCAAAAGUUCAAUUACUUCAAGAGACACGGUGUUCUCCAUAUUCCAUCAUUGCCGAUAUUUGACAAUAAUAUGUUGCUUAUAUUGCGCCGUUUAUCAUUCGCGGAUUUUCUUCAAAAGCUGUAUUACUUCAAUCCGGAUGCCAAGUAUUACGGAUUUUAUACUACGAUGCGACCUAUGAUUUUGUUGCGAGAUCCCGAGAUCAUCAAAGACGUCUGCAUCAAGAGCUUCGAUACGUUUCCUAAUCGGCGUGGUUUUGCCGAAUUCAAUGAUAUAUUGUUUUCAAAAAAUUUAUUCUCCAUCCGCGGACAAAAAUGGCGAGAUGUAAGAACCUUAUUGAGUCCAUCAUUUACAUCUAGUAAGAUGAAAAUCAUGUUCACAUUAAUGUCGGAGUGUGCUGUGGACUUCACCAAAUCUCUAUCAGAAAUAUUAAGAGAUAAGAGCGACAUGGAUAUGAAAGAGUUGUUCACCAAGUAUACGACUGAUGUGAUUGCCUCGUGUGCCUUUGGAAUUAAAGUCGAUUCCAUGAAGAAUCCUACCAAUGAGUUCUACUUCUAUGGUACAGAAGCGGUUAAUUUCUUUAGAAAGAACGUUCUCAAGUUCUUCUUCAUUCGAGCAUUUCCGAAGUUCGCACAAUUCCUCGGCCUAAAGAUUCUAAACGACGGAGCAAAUAGGUUUUUCAAGGACACUGUAAAGACCACCAUCGACAUGCGCGAUGCCAAAAACAUCACACGUCCAGACAUGCUACAACUGAUGAUGGACAUCAGGGGUGAGAACAAGAGACAAUUGGACAUCGACGACAUGACCGCGCAGGCAUUCAUUUUCUUCCUCGGCGGUUUCGAGACCAGCUCGAGCGCAAUGUGUUUCAUAGCUCAUGAGAUUGCCGCUAAUCCGGACAUCCAGACGAAGUUACGGCGAGAGUUUGACCAAAUUCUCAAGGACUCAAACGGAAAUGUGACGUACGACGCUAUUAAUCAGCUAAAAUAUUUAGACAUGGUGAUAAGCGAAAGUCUCCGAUUGUAUCCACCGGUAGGCUUUGUUGAGCGAGAAUGCGAUAAGACUUAUGAAUUACCACCCACAUUGCCGAAUGAGAAACCUGUCAUCAUAGAGAAAGGUCAGUUAAUUUGGAUCCCAGUCUAUUCGAUUCAUCGUGAUGAAAAGUAUUAUGAUGAACCGGAAAAAUUCCGUCCUGAGAGAUUCUCAACCAUGAGCUCUCACCACAACUCGUCAUAUUACAUGCCAUUUGGAAUAGGGCCGCGGAUGUGCAUUGCCAACAGGUUUGCGUUACUGGAACUGAAAAUCUUAGUGUUUCACCUGUUAGCGCGGUGCGAGCUGAAACCUUGCGCAAAAACCACGUUGCCUAUGAAAUUCACCAAAAAAGGUCUAGGCCUGGUGCCAGAAAAUGGAUUCUGGUUGAGUGUCCAACGUAGAAGCGAUAUACAAUCUGAUUUGUGAUUGAGUCAUCAUGCGCAGCAACGAGAUUAAUUCAUAAAGACAUUUUAAGCGCACUAAAAAUAUGAAUAAAAUUAAACGUAACUCGUUUUAUAUUGUAACAAAUAGCGUUUCCAAUAUGUUUUAUUUCAUAA